GCCUAUUAGGACACGCAUAUAUAAAGCGCUACUGUGACCUAGAAAACCGUAAUUCAGACAUUUCUCGCUGUCCAAGUAACGCGCCCGUAGCUAAUCUUCCUAUUCUGUUUUCCCGGAAUCUCGCAUAUUAAAUCAAGUCUUAUCUCGAUUUGUUUCGUAGCAAUGGCGCGAAAGAUGCUUAUCGAUGGGGAAUUGGGCAAGCCUAGUGAAGAUGACAAGAACUAUGACUUCGACUUGUUUGUUAUCGGAGCGGGAAGUGGCGGAGUUCGUGCCUCCAGAUUUUCGGCUAAUUAUGGGGCCAAGGUGGGGAUUUGUGAACUUCCAUUUCAUCCGAUUAGCUCAGAAACGAUUGGAGGAGUAGGUGGAACGUGUGUUAUUCGUGGUUGUGUUCCCAAAAAGAUUUUGGUCUAUGGAGCAUCUUAUGGAGGUGAGCUUGAGGAUGCCAGAAAAUUUGGGUGGGAAUUGAGUGAGAAGGUUGAUUUUAAUUGGAAGAAACUAUUGCAAAAGAAGACUGAUGAAAUAAACAGAUUGAAUGGAAUUUACAAGCGGCUGUUAUCCAAUGCUGGGGUUAAAUUAUUUGAAGGCGAGGGCAGGUUAGCAGGUCCAAAUGAAGUUGAGGUGACACAACUGGAUGGCACCAAACUGUCCUAUUCAGCCAAGCACAUAUUAAUUGCAACUGGGAGCAGGGCUCAGCGUCUGAAUAUUCCUGGGGAGGAGUUGGCUAUAACAUCUGACAAAGCACUAAGUUUGGAGGAGUUGCCUAAGCGUGCUGUGGUGGUUGGAGGAGGUUAUAUUGCAGUUGAGUUUGCUUCCAUAUGGAGAGGAAUGGGUUCCACAGUCGAUCUAGUUUUCAGAAAAGAACUUCCAUUGAGAGGCUUUGAUGAUGAAAUGAGAGCUGUAGUUGCCAGAAAUCUUGAAGGCCGGGGAAUUAAUCUGCACCCUAGAACAAAUUUGUCAAAGUUGAUGAAAACAGAGCAUGGAAUUAUGGCUGUUACAGACCAUGGUGAGGAGUUGAUGGCUGAUGUUGUACUGUUCGCCACUGGUAGGGCUCCUAAUUCUAAGAGGUUGAAUUUAGAAGCAGCUGGUGUGGAGCUUGACAACACUGGGGCUAUAAAGGUGGAUGAGUACUCAAGGACCAACAUGCCUAGCGUAUGGGCCGUGGGGGAUGUAACAAAUCGAAUGAACCUUACUCCUGUGGCACUGAUGGAAGGAACAUGCUUUGCUAACACAGUAUUUAAGGGGCAACCAAGCAAGCCAGAUUACAAUAAUGUCCCCUAUGCAGUGUUCAGCAUUCCACCACUUUCUGUAGUUGGUCUCAGCGAGGAACAGGCACUAGAGCAAGCAAACGGUGAUAUUUUAAUCUUUACAUCAACAUUCAAUCCAAUGAAGAACACCAUUUCUGGGCGGCAAGAAAAAACUGUUAUGAAGCUUGUUGUUGAUGCUGAGACAGAUAAAGUCCUUGGAGCAUCAAUGUGUGGGCCAGAUGCACCUGAAAUUAUGCAGGGAAUUGCUGUUGCUUUGAAGUGUGGAGCUACUAAGGCACAAUUUGACAGCACGGUGGGAUUACACCCGACUGCGGCUGAGGAGUUCGUGACCAUGCGAUCACUGACGAGGCGUGUUGCGGGUCAGGGCAAGCCGAAGACAAAUUUGUGAUUAUAAGUCGCAAGUACGCUGUUUUUUAUGCUUGGUUAUACGGUAAAGUCGAAAAACUAUAAAUUGAUUUUUACUUCCAUCAUUUAGCGUCUCUAAUAAAUUAAGAUCAUCUGUAUUUGAUUAUGUUGCACGAUGAGGUUGUCUAGUAGCAAUGCAUCUUUUAGCUAUCCUAUCUUCUACAGGCAAA